CGAGAAAGAGAGGAAGGCAUAGCCCGAAAGCUCCAGUUCCCUUCAGCAGAUAAAGCAGGAACCUUUGAGAAAAGGAUGAAGAACAUCUGUAGCUCUCUUCUGAAUCCUUCAUUCUUGCCUCUACAGCUGUUGCGAUGGAAGCCUAUUACAUUUUCAGCUAUUACUUGACCCAGUUUUGUGGACAUUCCUGGAUAUUAAUUAAUAUGAUCAUCAGAUUCAUGUCUUUUGGGGAAGAUUCCGUAGCAGAUACUUUCUAUUCUAUUGGACUCGGAAUGCGUAUUUGCCAGUUGUUGUCUAUACUGGAGCUCUUGCAUAUUUUUCUUGGCAUUGAAAAAGAUCGGUUUUUCCCAAGACUUUUACAGAUUACAGAAAGAAUCAUAAUCUUAUUCGUUGUGAUCGUUAGUCAAGAAGAAGUUCAAGGGAAAUCUGUGGUGUGCUUCUUAUUUUUCCUCUGGAGCUUCCUUGAUGUGGUCAGGUACACUCACUGCAUGUUAGCAGCGAUAGGACUAUACUUCCAAGGACUGACACAGCUCAAUUAUAUGUUAUGGAUUCUUUUAUAUCCACUAUCAGUGUUGGCUGAAGCAUUUGCAAUUUAUGAAUCGCUGCCUUACUUUGAAACUUCUGGCACUUACUCCAUCGAGGUGCCAUUGCCAUUUGCUGUAUCCAUCUACUUUCCUUAUAUACUAAAAAUGUACAUGAUAACAUUGUUUGGAGGUAUGUACUUCAUCGUCCGAUAUCUCAGCACAGAAUGGAAGGCUCAUCUAAGACACUGCAACGGCAAAGCAAAAAGCAGUUAGCUUUUUUUUCCUUCUCUCCUUGGAAAAUGAAGAGAACUGCUUGAGAUGUCCUGCUGGUAAACACACUUGGAAAAGCUAUAUGUUGGCCAUGUUUUUCAAACACCUCUGACUUAAGGAAGCAUCUAGUGCGGCACACAUACUGAAUAGAUCCCUUUGAAUCAGUGUUUUGUGAAUUACGCGUGUGAACGUAACAGAAAUGAACAAUGUCUGUAAUUUCAUUCUUAAAACAUUUUUAGCUUUAAGGACCGUUAAAAAAUGCGAAGGCAAUCACCCCAAUCCCAGUGACUGUUUACUGGGCAUAGGAGCCCUUGCAAGAGCUGCUCCCGUUCUCUUCAAAGGAGUACCUAACCUGCUGUCUCUAUAAAAGCCAAUGGGGGGCUCCACUUGUGCUGGAGUUCUAUGUGAACUUUUUUUUAUAGACAACCAGGAACAUUUAAAAGUUGCUCAUGAAAUGUUCUCUGUUACUAGCAGCACUAUGAAGUAAAGUAAAAAUCUUUGGGAUUCAAAGGCCUUACCUGAACUUACCAUGUUGCCUUAGCAUAUACUUCUGACAAACAGAAUUAAAGAACCAGUAUGGCGCAGUAGUUACAGCGUUGGAGGAGAAUCUGGGCGAGCCAGGGUCAGACUCCCUCUUUGCCGUGCAAGCUUGCUGGAUGACCUCGGGCCAGUUACAUGCUCUCAGCAUAACCUACCUCACUGAGUUGAUGUGAGGAUAAAGUGGUGGAGAGGAGAUCAAUUUAAGCCACUUUGUGUCCCCAUUGGAGGGAAAAGUAGGAUAUAAAUGAAGUAAGUAAAUAAAAUAGCCCAGAAGGUUAGUGCAAGAUACACAGAAAAGACAAAGAAAAAUGAAUGGGGACGAGAACACAGCUGCCCAAGGGAAAACUAAUUUAACUCACACAAAAAUAUAACAACUUGCCAACUUUCAUGAUUGACAGAAUCUAAAAUCUAUAUAUUGUUGUAGCAAUUAGGUCCUACUUUCCAGUUGGUAACAUAGAUCAAUAAAUGGCACACAAAUGGAGAGCAAAGGGCCAUAAAAUGUCACAAAAUCCAUGUGAAAAAACUGGAUUAUUCUGAAAUGUCAUUAUUUUACAAAGGCAGCUGACUAACAGGGCCUGCUGUAAUGGAACGACGAAAAGGAGAUUUGUAAAACACAUUUAGAAAUCCAGUAUGUCCAUGUGAUCAUAAAAAUAAAAAAAAUUAUAUGUACACAG